AUGCAGGCUCUUGUAGUGGGAUUAUUCUACCGAUUGUAUAAGCUAUCCUACUUCACUACCCGGAGCUUCUCUUCCAGCAAGAUAAUCCAAAAGAGUACUGCAAAGGGGCACUCUGCAGCGUUUACAAAAGAAUUCUUUCAAGCUAUUGGCCUUAGUCCUAUCUUUGGGGCUGCUAAUCCACUUGACUUGAACCCAAUUGAGACACUUUGGGAUGAAUUGAAGCAUUAUAUUCAAAAUAACUACUCCAAGAUGCAUAACUCUUAUCCUGGGCUUAGAAGAGUUGUUCAAGAAGCCUGGGAAUCAAUAAUAUAUGCGAGAAUUCAAGAUUUGAUUCAAGAAAUGGGUGAUCGAUGUAUUGCAGUGAUUUUAGCAGAUGGAGGCCGUACAAAAGACUAG